UCACGUAGGUAGCGAGACUUGACGAGCUCAAGGUUAAACCAACCUCCUCCAGCUGAGCUGAUAUCUCUAUCAUAUAAGAACCUCCUUAUCUCCCUCUUGUCCCUCUUUCUUUUCUCCUAUUUACUCACGCUCAAGCACAUAUCUAUAUACUUUCUCCCGAUCUUGGUUUUGCGUCUGUCAGUAGCACUUCAAAAUGUCGGUAGUGUCACUCCUUGGUGUGCGAGUUAUCAACAACCCUGCACCAUUCACCGCCCCUUAUGAAUUCGAAAUUACGUUCGAAUGUCUCGAACAGCUGCAAAAGGAUCUCGAAUGGAAGCUCACUUACGUCGGCUCCGCCACUUCAUCUGAACAUGACCAAGAACUUGAUUCCCUACUAGUCGGGCCCAUACCUGUUGGCGUCAAUAAAUUUAUCUUCGAAGCAGACCCACCAGAUCUUAAAAGAAUCCCAACGUCUGAAAUAUUAGGCGUGACGGUGAUCCUGCUUACCUGCAGCUAUGAUGGCCGGGAGUUUGUCCGUGUCGGCUACUACGUGAACAAUGAAUAUGACUCGGAAGAAUUGAACAAUGAGCCACCCUCCAAACCUAUCAUUGAGAGAAUUCGACGGAACGUGCUGGCUGAGAAACCAAGAGUUACGCGGUUUGCCAUUAAAUGGGAUUCCGAAGACUCCGCCCCAGCAGAAUACCCACCAGAUCAGCCAGAAGCAGACGUCUUAGACGAUGACGGAACAGCAUAUGGCGCCGAGGAACUCGAGCUCGAAGAAGCUCUGCGAAGGGAGCUUGAAGAAGUGGAUGAGAAACCGCAAACAGCAGGCGCCCCUGGUGAGGACCUUGAGAUGGGUGACGCUAGUGAACCAGGGGCUCCAAUCAAAGAUGAAGAUGGAGAUGAUAACGAUAACGAUUCCGAUGCUGGAAGCGAAGAUCUAGAAGCUGACAGCAGCGGUAGUGAUGAUGAUGACGAGGACGACGAGGGCGACGAGGAUGUGGAGAUGGGUGAUGAUACGGAGCAAAAAGGGGACAGCAGUAAUCAGGCUAACCAGCCCCCGGCGGACCAACGUCAACAACAGCAAACUGAGGUGAUGGUUCACUGAUUGAGGCGGUUCCCUUCAGUUUUUUUUUUCUCUCUCUCCUUUUCUUUGAUGAAAACUUCCUCCGCCAUCUCCCCACCACAUUUAACCACCCCGCUCCGUGGAUGUUGAACAAAUACAUAUAUAUUUGCUUUACAUCUCUCGACACUAUUAUCCCAUUUAUCUCCUUAUUUCUUUUUUUUUCUUGUUUUUGUUUGUCAUUAUCAUCUGACUUUACGAAUAUACAAAGACUUUUAUGGCAUCCCUCUCUUGUUCAUUACCCCUAUGACGCUUACGCCCCCCCCCCCCCUUUUUUUUCAUCCGUUUACCCUCGUUGGCCAUUAUUAAACAUAAGAAGAGCAAAGAUAUCGCGCGUGCAACGCUUGCGUCUUCCACCCCGACGUCUGCGAAGCAGCUGAUGGAUCAAUAUGAAUUUAUAUCUUAAUUCUCUUUUUUCUUCUUUCUUUGUCCCCUCGCCCCCGGCCCCGGGGGUUCCAACCCCCUGGGAAAUUCUAGCAGCUUGAAGCAAGACAUUUAGCAACUAGUAUAACAAUACACUAAGGUUUGUCCUUAAUAUUUUCACGUAACCAGCCUUGGUACCGUAGAAAACACUAUCUAUUUAGUUUCGUUCUUGCAACCCGUGGUAACGUCAUAAAGCAUACAGAAGAGAAAAACGCAACCGCAUGGCAAACCAGCACCUAGUGUACCCUUCGAAGGAACAGAUCAACUGUUGCAGUUAGCGGUAACUGUAUAAAAACGCGCAUGAACCUGUAUAUCCGCACCCAAAAAAAAUCCAAUCCUCUAAAAUCCGAAUUUAGAACCAAUAACUAUAGGCAUAUGUUAGCAAGUCACUACUAAUGCACGAAGGGCCAAAAGAAAAAGAAAAGAAAAAGAAAAAAGAGAAAAGAGAGAGAGAGAGAGAGAGAUAGAAGCACAUACCACCCAACACCGCUUUCUUCUUCUGAUUCUUGACGUAUUUAUUCACAUCAUCCGCCCAGCCACUACUAGUUUCCUCUAACCGAUCUAUCGAAUCGCCCAUAAUAUUAAGAUUCUCUGUCCUCUGCUGCACCUGGCGCUGCAUAUAUGCCCAGUAGCCCUCCUCUCCUCGCGUCUGCGAGGC